AGAUGCCAAUUAAUAGUAGUGGGGGAAUUGGAUUCUCUUUCGUUCCUUGCAUUGGGUUUGUUAAUAUAAUAAUAAUAAUAGCAUAUAAGAGCAGAGCGCACAUGAUGUGAAUAUCUGAUUGUGUAAUAAUACAGUAAUAGCAAUGGCAACCCUCUGCCUGAACUUGACUAUUCAGGUUCUUAAUCUUUCUCCGGCCACCACUUCCGACGACCUUAUUGACUUCUUUUCUUACUGUGGAAUGGUAGAAAACGUUAAGCUCUUGCCUCCCAGAUGUAAAGAUGAUAAAGAGGGCUCCCAGUCCGCAGCUUUAGUGACUUUCAGACAACCAUAUGCAUUUAAAACUGCUCUUCUCUUAAACAACGCUAUGUUGUUAGAGAGACAAAUUUGUAUAUUGCCAGUGGGGGUUAUACCAAUUCCUAUUAUUUCAGAUAGUGAAGAAGAUAGCGAAAGAAAGAUCCAUCUGAAGCAACAAAAGGAAUUAGAAUUGGUUAGCGCAGGAGCUAUGCAUGGCCAUGGGAGUACUGGGAGUGGAGGAAGGGGUGUUGCUGAGCAGACAGCAGAGCGUAUAUCUUUAUGGGUCUCUGAUUUCAUUGGGAAGGCCUCCAAGUUUGCCUCAGACUUGCAUGGAAAUUAUACCAAGAAUAAGAAGGAUAAUCUCAACAUUACCUGCAGAAAGCAAAAAUGAGAAUAACCACUCUCUAAUUAUAUAUAUAUAUAUAAUAUAGGGUUGUAAUGAUUAUUUUUAAUCUAUAAUCUAUACAUAUCAGUUAUAUCAAACAAAAUGUAAUAAGUUGUUUGAAUUGAUUUUCAGCAUUCUAACU